UACAGACUAUUACUUGGAAGAUUGUAUCCAGAUGUUGAACUUUAUUCCUCCACCAUCCAACAAGAAGGAGCGGGACAAAGAUGACAUGGUGGAUGAAGAAGGAGAGAAAGAGGAAAAUUGCAAUAUGAUGAUUUCAUCAGAUUAUAAUGACACAACUAGAAGAGCCAUGGCCAUGCUGAGUGAGAAAGAGAUGUCAUUUGAACUUAUUGAGGCACUUUGCAAGUAUAUCAAGAACCUUGGUGUCCCUGGUGCCAUCUUGAUAUUUCACCCAGGGUGGAACCUGAUAUUUGCCUUAAACAUGCAGACACCUGUCAGAGCACCCAGAGUUUGGCGGCCCUGCAUAUCGUCUGCUUCCACUUCAUUCCCAAAUACCAAGAGAAGACCAACACAAGGUUUUUGAGCCAGUACCUGAAGGUGUUACAAAGAUCAUUCUGUCCACCAACAUUGCUGAGACCAGUAUCACUAUCAAUGAUGUUGUUUAUGUCAUUGACUCUUGCAAGUAAGCUAGUGACAGUAGAAUUAAGUAUGAAAAAAGUAAUGAAUUAUAUAAUUAAAAAAUGAAGUAUGAUUUGGUUAAAUUUAUUUUCAAGUAAUAAAAUGUUGAAAAGGCAAAGAAAUGUGUAAUAUUCAAAUAAAUUUGAUUGUGGCUCUAACACUUGCAAUAUAAAUUUGUAUCACUGGCAGAAAAAUAAUAGCAUCACAUUGGUUUAGUAUAAACUAUUCCUUUUUGGAGAAUAAAUGUAGCUCUGAUUUGUCUCCAAUGACACAAAAUGAGCACCAUUUUUCAGUUUGAAAUAUCCAUAUCUAUAACAAUGUCAAAACUGUGCCAGCUA